AUGGACGCCGACGCCCGGUCGAAGCGCGCGAUGACGCGCGCGCUCGUCGCCGGGGGUUUAGGACUCGGUCUAGCGCUCGCCCUGGCGUCCACGGCGUCGCGAUCGAGGUCGAAGCGACAGAGCAAGCGUUUGACGCACGACGCGUGGUACAGCGCGCUGGACGUGGACGGACGCGUGGGGAAGUUACAGGACGUUCGUAUGGAGGCCUUGGAGGGUGGCAUUCCUCACUCGCUGCGAGCUGAGGUGUGGCCGGUGUUGCUCGGCGUGCGCGAGGUGUCGAGUACGAGCGUGGAGCACGAACAGGGUAAGCGGGCGCGACGAGAGCGGUAUCGAGAGUUUCGUCGACGGUGCGCCGAAUUGGAGGCGAUGCUCUCGAAACCGGUGGGAAAGGGACCGGUGAAACUUCCGAGCGAUCUCGGGACGUUCACGGAGGCGUCGAAAGUGAUCGCGAACGACGCGCCGAGGACGCCGCUGGCGUACGGGUUGUUCGCUCGGGAUUGGGAGGCGGGCACGCUGCCAGGUGAAAAUGACGAGGCUGACUGGCAGGCUGCGCAACGCAAGCGUCUGACGAGAGUGCUCGAGGCGUAUUCGAUUUUGGAUCCGGCGAUAGGGUACACACAAGGAAUGAGCGACUUGGCAGCUGUCUUCUUGCAGAACAUCAGUGACGAGUCCGAGGCGUUCUGGUGCUUUGCGAAAUUCAUGGGCGGUUCGUAUCGGUGUCACUUUCUGAUCAAUCCGAAUGAGAGUGCGCGCUCGAGUGACGAACGUCCCGAGGGCGUGAGCGAUCGUCUUCGAAUGGUGAGUGAAAUAAUCAGGAUCGUGGACACCCCGAUGCACAAACAUUUGAAGUUUCUAAACGCUCACGAGGGCACAUUCGCCGUGAGGCCGGUUCUCGUUUUGAUGUCUCGUGAACUCGCCGAAAGAGAGACCGAGCUCUUAUGGGAUGCGUUGAUCGCCGCCGGUGAUUUCGAUCCGACGGUGAAAAAGGGCGAGAAACUUGCGGGCGGGGGUGCGAGACUGUUCCUGCACAUCGUCGCCGCAGCCUUGAUUGAUAUGCGGUCGCAGAUAAUGGCGUGCAAGAAGUUUGAUGAAUUACUAAAAAUGAUUGCGCGAAAGCUUCCGGCGAGAAACUUCGCGGCGCACGAUCUCGUGCAGAAGGGGAGACAGCUUAUGAGACUGACGAGAGGAAUCGGUGAGGCUCGGGAGGUUGGCUCAGGAGGUUCUCCCGCCACGCUCACGCUGAGAGAUUUGAGAUGA